CUGGUCAGAUGAACCCAACCCUGCUGCUUACAAGGACUCUGACAUGCUGGUGGAGCUCUACCUCUCUACGGAAAAGCUGUGUAGGGACCUGGGAACCACGCUGUCUCACCUUCAGGUGCUGUGGAUAUCUCACUGCAGCCUGGCAGACCUGGAUGGUGUCCCCUCCUCCUCUCUCAAGGAGCUGUAUGUGGCCUACAACAGAGUGUCGGACCUGAGUCAGGUGAGCAUGCUGGAGAAUCUACAGCUGUUGGACCUGGAAGGGAAUGAUGUGGAUGACUUGGUGCAGUACCUGGGCCGGCACUCCCAACUCCGCACGCUCACCCUAGAGGGAAACUGUAUGCACCCCCACCCUAAUGCCACACAGUUCGAGGAGGAAAAGGGUUACUGCUACCAGUUGGCGGUAAGGGAGCUGGUCCCACAGCUGCAUUACCUAGACUACAUGUGUGCAGAGGAGAAGGCAGGGCCUGGCUGCACCAGCUCCAUGGGGGAAGACUGGGCCCUGCUCAGAGAGUCCAUCAAAGACGGCAGCUGCGUAGAGAUGGCACAGGAGGAGAGAGCAGCCAGUGUGAGUGCCUACUCCAGACCCAGCUCUGGCCAGCGCCUAGCUAACAGCCUCUCCAGUUCCCAUCCCUCCAAUCGACCGGUCAGUGCCAGGCCCCUCUCAGCAGUUGACUCCAGACCCCUUUCUAGGUCAUGACCCUUAUCAGGGGCUGGAUCCAGAGCCUUCUCUCCUUCCGGGUCCAGAUCUGGUUUUGCUGAUGCAGGUCCAGCCUCUGUGGACCCAGAUGCUAGCGUUCUGAUGCACGGUGCAGGGAAGAUCUUGUUCUGUGGGAACCCUGUCCAGGCCCUCAGAGCCAGGCGACAGAAGAUGAGGAUGUCUAUUAGCCAGAGGGAUGGCCUCAGAUACUGGCCAUCCUCCACAGUGAUGAAGAGAAGGAUGAUGAAGGAAGUCUCAGCAUUUUCAGUGGCGAGGAGGUGGGUGGAAAAAGAGACGGGUCGAGUCACUGGGCAAACACUGGCUCGCCAGACUUACCUUUCCAGUCCCCCUCUUCAG